UCUCUGGACCUGCAGAUGAUUGAGGCUGACAUCACCGGAUACAUCGCCAACGGAGAGUGGGACCUCGUGGAGGUUCCUGGGCGAAGGAACGAGCGUUUCUACGACUGCUGUAAGGAGCCGUACCCUGACGUGACCUUCACCGUGGUGAUGAGGAGGAGGACGCUCUACUAUGGGCUCAACCUCCUCAUCCCCUGUGUCCUCAGCUCCACCCUCGCCCUCCUCGUCUUCCUGCUGCCCGCUGACUCCGGAGAGAAGAUCUCCCUGAGUAUCACCGUGCUGCUCUCUCUGACCGUCUUCAUGCUGCUCGUGGCCGAGAUCAUGCCGGCAACCUCAAACUCCGUUCCGCUCAUAGCGCAGUACUUUGCCACUACCAUGGUGAUUGUGGGUCUGUCGGUCAUCGCUACGGUCCUGGUUCUGCAGUAUCACCACCACGACCCCGACGGAGGACACAUGCCACAGUGGACUCAUGUGAUUUUGUUGAACUGGUGUGCCUGGUUCCUGAGGAUGCGCCGCCCCGGCGAAGCAAAGGUCCGUCCGGCGUGUCACAACGCCGCCAAGCGUCGGCGCGGCAGCCUGUCCAGCCUGGAGCUCAGCGUCAGCCAGGACCCACAGGUAAAUAACGGCAACCUCCUCUACGUCGGCUUCAGGGGUGUGGAAGGACUCCACUACGGAUCCCCCGCUGACCCUGAGCUCCUGUGCUCGCGGCUCAUUGGAGGCGGCGUCGGUGCUGAGGAAGACACGGAGCUGAACCAGAUCCUGGAGGAGGUGAGAUACAUCGCCGGGCGUUUCCGCGGCCAAGACGAGGAGGAGCCGGUCUGCAGCGAGUGGAAGUUCACCGCGGCGGUGAUCGACCGGCUCUGCCUGGUGCCGUUCUCGCUCUUCACCAUCCUCUGCACCAUCGGGAUCCUCAUGUCCGCCCCCAACUUUGUGGAAGCCAUUUCCAAAGACUUCUUCAGCUAAGGAGG